AUGUCCACCGAAUACCCCGGUGGGUUUGGGAAAACCACAUUAGCCAAGAUGUUGUACAAUGUUAAGGCAGUGGAAGCGCAUUUCGACAAAAGGAUAUGGGUCUAUGUGUCUGCAAAUUUUGAUGCAGAAACAGUCGCCAAAGCCAUACUUGAAUCUUUUAACCAAUAUACAUCAGGCAGUACGUUGUCACACAUGUUGGUGGAGAUAAACACGCAUACGAAGGGCAAGAAGUUUCUUCUAGUUCUUGACGAUGUGUGGGAAGAUAGUUAG